AUGUUCGAAGCGGAGCCGGAGCCGACUCUGGGUACAGAAAACCAAGGACCACUCGACCAUGAGUUGACACAACGUAUCUCUGCUCUGCGUGAUGAGUUCGCGAAAUAUCUUGCUGGAGCUCAUGCAAGGCAUGCAGACCUUUCCGCGGUCUUGGAGCGACCUCCAGCCGAAUAUGACACCAUACAGAACGUUGCCAACCAACGGCUCGCGGCAUACAACAAGCAUGUCAGCGCCUCGAAUAAAUCUAGACGAAAGCAAAAGCCUGGACCAAAACUAGACAACCUUGCACCCGACGUCGCACAGCUAGAGAACUUCUGGAAGGUUGCGAAGCUCUCAUCAGGAAUACUUGCCUUUCAAAAACUGUUCUUCUGGGACCGAUCUAGUAUGCUUCAGUACAAGACAAGAGGAGGGCUUUCGCACUUUGGUAAAUGGGCCAGAAAAGGGGCCCUUAUGACAGGCAUAAAUCAGAACAGCUUCUCAAAGCACUUCGAUCACGCGAUUAAAGUCGACAUUGUUGCUCAAGAUGGAUUGGAGUGGGUUCGUGUAUGCUCGGCUACGGAGAAGAAGCUAUUGUUCGACCUCGCAAAGUUAGGCUGGCAAAAUGAUUCUGAUUCUGACGUUGAGGAAGGUUCGGACAAUUGCAAUUCCGUCGCACGUGCUUCGAAUAUCACCAAUAUCACCAAUGGUGACGAUGCGCUAGAGAUCUUGAGAGACGCUCACAAGCUCGCCCGCGCCGCUAAAGCAAACCCUAUACGAGGCCAGACACCAAGGAUACGCUUCGUCAUGACUCGCGUUGCGUCUGGCCGGGUGAAGGAGAUCGAUGCAAUCUUGGACAAAAUUCGUGCUACAGGAGCAAUACUUCAAUGCGUUGAUGAGCUACCGGAGGCAGUCGAUUUGGACGUAGAGCUUCCAAGGAUGCUGCCUGGACCGAUCCCAUCCAUCUCGCAAGUCCUCAACGUGGAUUACACAAUUCUGCGUGGGCUUGUCAGCGACAUCUCUCAUUGCGAGUGUACCUUGCAAGAUGACCAAGUCAGACAGGUUCGGGAGAGCAUAGAGAUAGAGAUGGCUGAGAAGUUUCUCCCAGCUGUUUUCUACCCAACGGUUGCCUCGUACCCUAUGGUUUGUACCACAGACACUGUCGAACAACUGUAUCAGAUUCUUGAUCUGAGAGGGUCCUCCACAGAACAACAGCGGGCAGAUGUUCUUUUCGCCCGAGGAAGCCACGCGAACGCAAAAGCGGAAGACUUGAUCGACGAAUGGCGCAAACUCUCCAUCCAUGCCGCACCCGACCACCUUCACUUGCCUAUCCGCGUGGUGUCGAGUCAGCUCGACGAAAACCUAGCAAAGCUUCCCGCAAUGGCAAAGAAGAUGGUAGACUUGGAACUCUACUACUACAGCCCUGCCACGAAGAGUAGCGCUCCUGCCACUCGGAGCAGUUUCUUAUACGGUUGGGCUCAUCGCUUGACCACCUUGACGGGAAAUGGCGCGGUAUCAAAGUAUCAGAUGAGCGAUCGGCUCGACCAGGGUGGGUUGGGAGAUGGCGAGGAGGGCCCGCAUUUCUGGCUGUUGGCUCAGAUGACCCGGGUGUUAUAUGGUCGGCCACGGCACAUGUGGACAGUUCCGGAUGAGGAGAACAAGGUGGGCACAGAAGCACUGCAGACUGGAGAAGCUGGGUCGAGUUGA